AUGGCUGCGCCUAUUAUGACGGAGGAAGAGAGGACGCGCGCCUCUUUUCUGAUCAACCCAAUGAUGGAUACGACAACAUCCAAAACUGUAGUCGUCCAGGUCCUCAAGACCUUCAACAGCGAGGAGUCCAGGACAAUUUGUGCAACUGAUUGCUUUAACAAUCACAUCACUUUAGAAUGGCCGUUCCCUGAUUUUAAUAUGGGAGGUGAGGCAAUAUAUCCGGGCACACUUCUGAAGCUGGAUAAUACAGAGGUCCAGAAAAAUUUGGCCGAAAAGGUAAUUUUUGUUGAUGACACUACUGUUGUAAAACAUCUUGGAGGAACCACAAAGAGAAGCGAGUUUUAUGAAAUGUGCCAAAAAGCACGUCAAGAAGAUAAGUAAGUUACGAUUUGUAUAAUACAAGAUUUUUAGGAAUACGGAGACGGUUAUCAUUCUGAGAAUUUGGAAGAACAACAGACCUGCUGACGGAGGUCCGGAUAUGGUAAUAAAUGGAGCUGACAUGUUCAAAAGACCGAUUGUAAUAUAUGUAAAUGCACAUAAUAACGUCUCAAAGUUCUCGCCUCUACGAGAAGGACAUGUUUAUGAUCUUAAACCAAGAUCCGCCGAACAUCUUCGUAUUUUAGCUUCUUUGUUUUUGCCAAACGAGAAGGCCCUGUGUAUGCAGAGGGAUCGUCUAGAUCACGAAAGCUUUUUAAAAUGCUCAUGA